GAAGUUGGCCAACGGUUAACUUCCCUCCAAACCUUGUGAUUCCCUUUGAAUCAAAGCAAACCUCAGCAGUUUGAUUCUUGGUCACCCUCUGAAACACAACCUCACCUUCUUGACAAAUCCUUCACACCAAUCUUCCCUUCAUCAUCUUUAUAAACACUUCAUCAGCUACAUCUCCUAUUUCAUGUUUUUCUUAUACAGUAUGUGGUUACUGAAAAGAUCAUGCAGCUGAAGAUUGGUUUGAUUCUGUUGCUAAGAGUUUGUGCAGACCCAGAAAAGAUCUUCCAAUGAUCAAGGUACUAAUUCUAUUCUUCAAAGUUGGCUAUUGGGGUGCUUCAAUUUCAAGUUCUUUUGAUGCAAAGCUGUGCUUUUAAGAAAUAUUGAUGUUGGAGUCAAUUAUUUGAUCUCUCUCUGCUACACGCCUUGGACAAAUUCUCUGCACAAACGGGGCAAAAGAAGACAUUUUUUCAAUGAAUUCUAGGUGCUUCCUUCAUCAACAACAAGACUUUAGCAUGGUUCCAUUUUCUUCAAAUUCUGUCACAGAAGAUAGAAUUGCUGGUGCUCGAAAUAGGCCUCCACGUGUCACCCCUCCUUCCUUCUUGGUUCGGGUGGCCAUGAGAAUAUCUAGAGCAAGAUGGUUUACCUUUUUGAGAAGAGUUUUUCAUUACCAAAAUGGAUCAAGGUCUAAUCUUGGCUCCAACCCUUUCAAUUCUAGCACUUGGAUGAUGCUGGAGUUUAUUGCCUUGGUUGUUCAAAUAACUAUUACAACAUUCACCUUGGCCAUUUCCAAGAGGGAGAGACCUAUUUGGCCUAUGAGGAUUUGGAUUUCUGGUUAUGAUAUUGGUGUUGUUCUUAACCUUCUGCUACUUUACGGGCGCUAUCGUCAAACUUAUCUCACGCAAGGCCUUUCUGAUAUAGAACAGCAGAGAAACCAUGAAGAAACCAGUGUGUACAGGAUGUCACACUUGAUGAACAGAUGUCGGACUUCGCUUGAGCUUUUCUUUGCCAUAUGGUUUGUGAUGGGAAAUGUUUGGGUUUUUGACUCACGUUUUGGAUCUUUUCAACAAGCUCCAAAACUGCAUGUGCUCUGCAUCACUCUUCUUGCUUGGAAUGCAGUGUGCUACUCUUUCCCUUUUCUACUGUUUCUGCUGCUGUGCUGUUUUGUGCCUCUCAUCAGCACCCUCCUUGGCUACAACAUGAAUAUAGCCUCUUUUGAUAAAGGAGCUUCUGAUGAUCAAAUUUCACAGCUUCCAAGCUGGAGACACAAAGAAGGUCGUGCAAAGUUAGAGCUUGGAAAUGACUCUGAUGGGAGUGAAAAACUGAUUGAUGAAGACCAAAUAUGUUUGUGUUCUGAUGUGCUUACAGGAAUGUUGUAUCUGCUUAACCAAGUAUAAAGACAAAGAGGAAGUUAGACAAUUGCCCUGUUCCCAUGUGUUCCAUCUAAAAUGUGUGGAUCAAUGGCUAAAAAUUACAUCAUGUUGUCCUCUUUGCAAGCAAGGAUUGGAGAUGUAGAAAUAGCUUAAACAACAGUCAAAAGGAUUAAUCUUAUUUGUUCACAUGUAUACUGCUGAUAUUACCCUCUCUUUUUCCUUUUUUUUUCUCCUUAGUUUUUGGUCUUUUAUACUACUUUACAAUGGUCACUUGAGUGAGGUUACAUUUGUACAGAAUAGCUCACCAGUGGCCAAAACUAUACUAUAUAUAUACUUGGUUGUAGGUGAUGAAUCCCAUAGUCUUUCAAAUUAA